CUUGUGGCGGUUAUCAUUCAGUUAUUUGUUUACAAGUUUACAACAAUAAUAAAUUACCCAAUGUCCAUUUGUCUUGUCUUUAAUACUCCAUUACUCUAUAAUAAAUCUAUAUUACACAUUUAAGUACGAGUGUCAGAGUGUACCAGUGACUAGUAAUUUUCGGUUUGUCAUGUAUUAAAGAGAUGUUUCCACCACAAAAACAUACAAUGAAGACAUCCAACAAUUUCCUAACCUUUUUGGCUGUUUGUUUAGUUUUGGCGAACAUUGCAUUUGUCCAUGGGUAUAUAUCAGAUCUACAAAACGAUAAAAUUAAUCGUAUCACUUGGUGUACUUUAAAUGUUCAAGAACAAUCAAAAUGUUUAAAUUUGUCUGCGGCUGUUAAUAGAGAUAGACAGAAAUUUAACGCAAGAGAUUUCAUGGAACUCGUUUGCAAACCGGGACUUAAUAAAGAUGACUGUAUGAUGAAGUUAGACAACAAUGCAGCAGAUAUAUUGAGUUUAGAUGCUGGAGAAGUAUUUGUUGGUGGCCGAUAUAAUAGUUUGAUACCAUUAAUGCAACAACUAUUUGAAGAUGGCUCUACUGAAUAUUACUCUGUUGCUUUAAUAAAAAAGAACACUUUAAAGGACGUGUAUAACCUUGGGGAUUUGAAGGGUAAAAAGGCUUGUUUUGCUGGGGUCGGUACUCAGGCUGGAUGGAAUGUACCAAUAAAUACUCUUAUUUCUAAAGGCUAUAUGAAAAUUUUUGACUGUAAUAACCAUGUGAAAACUGCUAUAGAAUUCUUUGGUCACAGUUGUGCUGUAAACUCACUACUUGACAAGUACAACCCAAUGGGUGAUAAUUCUGACCGUUUGUGUAUUCUCUGCGCUAGCAAAGUUUCUGGUCAAAAAUGCACAUCCAACGAUCCAUAUGCUGGUGACGAAGGAGCGUUCAAAUGUUUAAUUGAGACAGGUGAUAUCGCAUUUUUAAGACAUACAACCGUAUUGGAAAUGUCAAAGGAUCAAUCAUUAUUCAGUAAAACCACAGAAGAUGAUUUAGAACUAUUGUGUGUGGAUGGUUCAAGACGUCCAAUUAGUGAAUUCAAUAACUGUAAUUGGGGACCAGUACCUACUGAUGCUAUUAUGACUACAUCUGCCAAAACUUCUUCUGCUCGUAUUUCAUACCAAAGAUGGCUACAGAAAGUAAUUGAAUUAUAUGGAAAACCAAAAUCCGCACAACAGUUGACAUCUACGGCUCCCGACAUAAACUGGGCAGGAGGAUUCAAUCAACCUCAGUCUCAAAUCAACAACAAUAUUGCCAAAAGUUUUAAUUUAUUUGAUUCUUCAGUUUAUGACAAUCACCACAAUCUUUUGUUACAGGACUCAACAAGAGGUUUACGGCCCUUAGAAGAAACCCAACAAACAUAUACAAGUUAUUUAGGAAAAGCCAUGGACAUUGUACUCGGAGUACGUUAUUGUCCUGUUUCCAAAAUGACACUCUGUGUAACGUCUGAGCCAGAAAUGGACAAAUGUAUUAAAAUGAAGUUGGCCUUAAAAGUUCAACUUUUGGUUCCUGAAUUACAUUGUUUCCGAGGUUACAGUCAAGUGCAUUGUAUGCAAGCCAUUAGAAAUGGAAAUGCAGAUGUUGCAGUGAUGGAUGCUGGCGAUAUUUAUACCGCUGGACUGCAUUAUGAUGAAAUACCAUUUAUCACUGAAAUGUAUGAUCUACCUGAACCAGAAUACUAUGUUGUAGCUGUUGCAAAAGAAGAGGAUCCGGAUACUGAAAUAUCAUUCUUAAAAGGUAAAAUGACAUGUCACCCGGGCUUAUAUUCUGGUGGUGGAUGGAUAAUACCAAUGGCAUUUUUGUUGAGUAAUGGGUGGAUACGAAGUUAUGGAUGUGACUCAAUACAAGCCGCCUCUGAAUACUUUAGUAAAUCUUGUGUACCCGGUGCAUUAAGUAAUGAAUAUAACCCAGGUUUACCUUAUGAUAACCUUUGUCAUCUAUGUAGAGGUUCUAGUUAUCGGUACUGCAAACGUGAUGCCACUGAAGACUUUUAUGGCUACACAGGAGCCUUAAGGUGUUUGGUCGAAGGCGGUGGAAAUGUAGCUUUUGUCAAACAUACCACAGUGUAUGAGAACGUAGAUGGAAAACGCAAACAGUGGUGGGCAAGAAAUACCUUGACUUAUGAUUUUGAACUUCUGUGUCCUGAUGGUACUAGAUCAUCAAUUCAUGAAUAUAAGAGGUGUAGCUUGGGUAAAGUCAAAGCUAACGCUGUUAUAACUCGUGGAGGUGAAGCUUAUAAUCACACCGAAGUGAUGGCAUUCACCAAUCUGUUUAUGGCUGCCCAACAGUUGUAUGGCAGGAAAACUAUUGACGAGUUUACUUUCAGUAUGUUCACGUCUCCAGAACCAUACAGUGAUCUUAUUUUCCAGGAUGCUACCCAGCAGCUUGCAUCCAUUGAUAGUUCACUAAGACAUUACUCCGAGUGGUUAGGGGAAAAUUUCAUGCUGGCACGUCGUCUUGUUGACUGUCGCGCAUCUGGGACUAAAUCAUUACCACUGGGAAUUAUAACAUUGUUAUUAUCUGUAAUUUGUACUCACGCAUGGUUAUAGACUUAUUGUGUUCAAUGAAUUUAUAAAUAUCGCAUAAUAACGUUAUGGGCAUCAUUUAUUGUUUAGAAUACUCAUCCUAUUGUGAUCAUUUUCAGAAUCUCAAUCAUAAAAUGCUUAAUAUUGUAAAUGUCUUUCCACAAGAUAAGAUAAAUUUAACAAUGUAUCAUUACCAUUGUGAAUUUUAAUUAUUAAUUAUGUUAUUAUCUGUAAUUUGUACUCACGUGUGAUUAUAGACUUAAUUGUGUUCAAUCAAUUUAUAAAAAUUGCGAAAAUAUGUUAUGGGCAUCGUUUUUGAUUGCUCAUCAUAAUGUGAUCAUUGACAGAAUCUCAAUCAUAAAAUGCUGUGUAUUAUUUAUUGCCUGCACUUGACAUUUUUAAAAUUAAAAUCAUCCGUCCAUUUAUUAAUUUUAAUCUUAAGACUAUAUUAUAUAUUAUUAGACAUCAAUGAUAAAAUACUUUAGCCAAAUAUUGUAAGUGUCUUUUUAUAAGUUUAGACCAAUUUAACAA